AUGGACAAUAAUGCUAAAUUAGCCAUUCUUCUUGAGACUAAGGUGAAAGCGGAGAACUGUGCUGCUACCUUUGACCCUGUCCUUUCAAACUGGAAGUAUUUACAUAUUGGCGAGGCAGAUUCUACUGUUCGCAUUUGGUUGGGCUGGGAUGCUAAAGUUUUUAAAGUUGAGGAAACUCAAAAAUCCACUCAAUUUAUUCAUGCUAAAGUGACUACUUUGGGGACCUCUCUUAAUUUUUUGUGCACGGCUGUUUAUGCUUCGAAUUCGAUGGAAGAAAGGAGGGAGCUUUGGAGGGAUGUUAUUACUCUUGCUAGUAAUAUCUCCAUUCUUGGGGUUGCUCUAGGGGAUUUUAAUGUUGUUCGUCAGCAAAGUGAAAAGCUUGGAGGGGAUCCAGUCCAUCAAGAGGCUGUUGAUGAUUUUAACUCUUUCAUCUUUGAACCUGAUCUUAUUGAUUUAAAGUGGAAGGGAGAACUCUUUACUUGGAAUAAUAGGCAGGGGGGCAGCUCUCAGGUCUGUUGCAAAUUGGAUAGGGCCUUGGUUAACUUAAAUUGGAUGGAUGCGCUCACGUCUUCCGAAGCCACUUUCCUUCCCUCGGGGUUGUCGGAUCAUUCUCUAGCAGUGGUUUCAAUCCUUGAUGGGGUAAACUUUGGCCCAAAACCUUUCCGGUUCUUUGAGGCUUGGAUUGGAAGAGGGAGGUUCGAUGAAGUGGUGAUUAAAGGUUGGGACUGUCCAGUAAAUAUGAAGCUCAAUCCUAUUCUUCGGUUUGCGGCUCGCCUAAAAAAUGUCAGGGCUGAACUCAAGAAGUGGAAUAAAGACAGCAUUGGAGAUGUUUUUCUUGCAGUCAAGAAUGCAACAUCGGAGUUGACUCACAUUCAAGUUAGCCUUGCUGCCCACCCAAAUGACUCCGAUUUAGUUAUCUUAGAGUCAAAAGCCAAAAAGAAGUUAUGGGAAGCACUUAGCACUAAAGAAAAAUUCCUUAAGGAGAAAUCAAGAGUCAAGAAUAUUCAAUUAGGGGAUGGAAAUAAUAGCUUCUUCCACAAGUCCAUGGUGUGUAGGGAAAACAGGAAUCACAUUUUGGAGGUGCACAAUGAAAGAAAUGAGGUUAUCAAGGAACCCAAUCUUAUCAAAAUGGAGGCAGUUUCCUUUUACAUGAACCUGUUUGGAGCAAAUGCAGAUGACACUGGGUUUUUCCCUGAGUCUAUUCCUUUACAACAAGGCCUGAAUCUUGCACAGCAAAAUAGUCUUAUUUAA